CUCAUCCUCAUAGAUCGUGAGAAAGUACACCAAAGUUCAUCAUUUUUCCCAUGGAAAUCUCAUCUGCAAAAUGGUUAUCUGAAAUGGAAUUGGAAUCUUCAUUCAUGAAUGAUUUGGAAAUGAACCCUUUUGAGUGCACAUUAGAGGAGCUGAGCAAUUUCCAAACAUUCUCCGACGAAAGCUACACAUCCCACAUAGAUCUAGAGAAUUCCGUACAAACUCCGGCGCCGCCGCCGGCAAAGCAGCCGAGGACCAGUAGUGGGAAGAGCCGUGAAGUUGCUUCGAUGGCGGCUUCUUCUUCGUCGUCGCAAAUCAUUUCAUUUGGAAACAUUGAUUUGUCUUCGGUGGUUGCUCAACCUUGCUAUGACAAUAACAAUAAUAAUACUCCAAUUCCAAAUUAUUAUUGUUCCCCAAAAAAUCAUGGCGUGGGAAUGAAGAGGUCUGCUGCUGCGGCUAUCAAUAAUAAUAAUCGCAGCCCUUUGCUUGCUCAAGAUCAUGUCUUAGCUGAAAGAAAGCGUAGAGAAAAGCUCAGCCAGCGAUUUGUUGCUCUUUCCGCCCUUAUUCCUGACCUCAAAAAGAUGGAUAAAGCCUCCAUUCUUGGGGAUGCAAUAACAUACAUCAAAGAUCUUCAAGAACGUUUGAAGGUUGCAAAUGAACAAGCAGCGAAAGCAACAGUGGAAUCGGCGGUGUUUGUGAAAAAAUCCGACGACAUUUCUACCAUCGUCGUCACCGACGAUUCCUCGGAGGAAAACAGCUCGUCAUCGGACGGAGCGAUUCCGGACAUAGAAGCAAGAGUGUCCGGGAAAGACGUUCUGUUGAGGAUUCAUGGCAAGAAAACCAAAGGGUGUCUUUCAAAUAUACUAAACCAAAUAGAGAAGCUUAAUCUAACAGUUCUCAACUCUAAUGCCUUACCAUUUGGCAAUUUCAGGCUUGACAUAACUAUUAUUGCUCAGAUGGAUGAUAAUUUUUCAAUGACAGUGAAGGAACUAGUGCAGAAACUAAGACAAGCUUCUCUUGAAUUCGUGUAA